ACUGUAUUGAUCUAUAUACUGAAUGUAAAGUGUUGGUGUGUCCUCAGAAACUGGAGCAGCUCUGCGGUCUCGGCUCUUUGACUCCAGGGUUUGAAGUUUCAAAGUGUCCGACAGUAAAACGCUCCACCUCAGAUAUUCAGUGUCAUCAGAUCCACAGCAACAUUUUCUUUUCAUCAACAUUAAGACGCAGCUGUGCCAGUUCUGAGAGUUAAUUAUCGUCAGUCAGGAAACAUGACAGUAAAAGUCCCGGUGUGAAGGUUUUCACACCUUUCAUCAAAAUGUUUGUUGGCGGUUUCAGAAGCGUGGGUGGAAGUCUAUGGAUCAGUGAUUCAGAGUCAGAGAAGAGAGGAAACUGGGCUUCAUUUGAUUGGUUCAAGGUUCAAACUAAGAAGGAACUGAAAAAUGAAUGAAAUUUUGUCUGUCUGAUUAGUUCAACAACAAUUUGAUUAAAUUAGUCAAGCAUGUCCUGAAAUCCCUAAUCCAGUGUUUCCCAACAUAGGGGUCGGGCCCCUCCAAAGAGUCACAAGACAAAUCUGAGGGGUCGUGAGAUGAUUAAUGGAAGAGGAAAGGAAACGACACAAAACAAGAGGAUUUUACAUCUUUGGGCCUCAAACUCUUACUUCAAUGAAAUCAGUGAGAGAAGUUUAGAGCAGGAGUCAGACAUCUGAAACGUGAUGAAGUAAAAGUAUAAAGUAGAAGAAAACGGAAACUCUCAAGUAAAGUACAAAGACAUGAAAUGGUUAAUCACUUCACAAGACUUUCUAUGGUUUCCGUGGGGAUAUCCUAUCAAUCAUUUGACCGGGGGUGUUUGCGCGCCAGUUUUUUGGUUGGCAGCGUUUCCUUCCGUGGUUAAUGGGAUGAGAUUGUUCUCUGCAGAUACUCAGCCACAGUCUGUCUGCUCUCUGCUGUUCGAGCACUUCGUUCACCUCGCAUCAGCUCGGCCGUCAAAAUGAAGAUUGCUUCCUUCAAUGUCAAGAAGCUGGGACUCAGCAAAGUCAACGAUGACUUUGUGCGGACAAAUCUUAUCAAGAUUGUGUCUCGGUACAGUGUGGUGGUGAUGCUGGAGGUGGUGGAUGCCAACGGCAGGGCCAUGAAGAAUUUCCUCAAAAAACUCAAUGAAUACAGAGACAAUCGACGUGAUCCUUUCUCCAUGGAGAGCAGCAAAAUGCUGGGACGCAGCACCUACAAGGAGAAAUUUGUCUUCUUCUACAGAGAGAGUGAGGUGAAGCUGAUCGACUCCUUCCAGUACGAAGAGGAGGGGAGAGAUGUGUUUGCCAGAGAGCCCUUCGCUGUGCAGUUCAAGUGUCUUAAUACUGAUGUGAGGAAGCUGGUAUUGAUCGCCGUCCACAGCAAACCAGAGGAUGCAGAGACGGAGCUGAACGCUCUGGGUGAAGUGGUCCAAGCUGUGAAGAAUAAAUUCAACGCUAUUAACAUUAUGAUUUUGGGGGACCUCAAUGCAGAUGGACAAUACCUUUCAAAGAAGAAGAAGGAAAAUAGUCCCCUGUGGUAUCCUCCAUACUUCUGGCUGAUAGAUGACGAUGUCGACACCACGACUAGUAAUAAUAAUGACCACACCUAUGACAGGAUUGUGGUGUAUGGAAAACGAAUGCAUGAGGCUGUUGUGGAGAACUCCGCUAAGGCUUUCAACUUCCAGAGAGCCUACAAUCUGUCUGAUGCCAAUGCUCAAGCCAUCAGUGACCACUACCCUGUGGAGGUGGAGCUUCAGUAGCUCUGUGGUAUAUCACUGCUUUCUCUUGCACAUUUAACUGUGUCUUAUCAGAAAUAAACUAAAUCAUGAAAGCAUGAUCUUUGUUGUG